AUGGCUUCGAAGAAAAGAAAGCGCGCCUGCAUCAGUCUUGAAACGAAGCUCAAGGUCAAUGAUGAAAUCAGCAAAGGUCAGUCACAGAGACACCCCUCAAAAAUCUUCGGAAUUCCGAAGUCUACUGUGGCGGACGUGUGGAAACAUCGUGAUAAAACCAAAGACCACGUGUUUGCUGCCGAAGCACCAGAAGAAUAUGCUAAGAAGUGCAUAAUUAUUAGAGAUCCUGAUUUUAGUGAACUAGAUCGCUCAUGCUACGUCUACACAGCAGCGGAACUGGAAAGUCGAUUGAAAACAGGAGGCUACUCUAGCGAUCAGGUUUUCAAUGCCGAUGAAACUGGAUUAUGGUGGAGACUGAUGCCUUCCAAGUCAUUUGAGUGCAGAGAACGGCGGGCAAAGAAAUUCAAGAAGGCUAAGGAAAGGGUCACAUUAUUGGGUUGUGCCAAUGCAUCUGGAACUUGCCGAUUACCGCUUGCAUUUAUUAACAAGAGUGCAAAGCUGCGUUGCUUCAAGAACAUGGAUAUGAACAACUUGCCAGUCCACUACUUUUCACAACAGAAGUCCUGGAUGGACGCUAGACUUUUUACAGAUUGGUUCCAUCACAAGUUUGUACCUCAUGUGAAACGAUUAUGUGAGGGAAAUGUGAUUGAGUACAAAAUCCUGCUUCUUCUUGACAAUGCCCCAGCCAAUCCAUCAAUAGAGGUGUUGCAGUCACAUGAUGGUUGUGUCACGACAAUGUUCCUUCCUCCAAACACAACAUCUCUUGUGCAACCUAUGGACCAAGCAGUAUUGGAUCCUUUGAAACGGCGGUAUAAGAAACGUCUUUUGCGCCACAUCAUUUUGGAAAACGAAUCUUCUUCAUUGUCCAUUCCUGACAUCCUGAAGAAUCAUCCAGAGGAGUGGCUUUCUGAAGAUGUUGAUGAUCCAGGCCAUCAAAUUUUGUCAAACGCUGAAAUUAUUGCCACAGUUGCUGAUGAGAUCAGUGAUCACAGCUCAGAUUCAAAUGAAGGGGUGGAAAUUCAACGUUCAGCCAAAGUAACACACAGUCAAGCAUAUGAUGCUUUGGCCACAGUCCUAGAAUGGUUGGAAGAACAAGAUAAUGUGACGUUGGAGCAUUUGUUAUUGGUGAAGAAAUGGAGAGAUCUUGCUGCCAAUAGGAGGAGGCAGUCUCAAAUACAAACUAGAAUUGGGUCGUUUUUCAAACGUACUGAACCUUAG